AUGGUCCGCCACCUUGAAGAACGUGAAGUGAACGGGGAGCGUGAAAAUGCCGAAAAUGCCGAGAUCCCCAGUUUUUUCUUGCUUCAACAUCUCGGCCCAUUGCAAGCAGUCGACCUCCUGCCAGCACCACCAGCGGCAGCAUGGGCCGAAGUCAGGGUGAAAUGCGGGCGAGAAGUUCCCGUGUGUCGCCGCUGCGUCCAGAGUGGUCACGAGCACGAGUGCCAUUACAGGAACAGCUCUCCUGCAAAUUUACCGCAAUCGUCUUUACCGCAGCCUGGAGAUGCUGUUCCAGUAGCAUUGCCGAGGCAUGUUGAAGGUCCGCAGCCAGACGGGCGAGACCAGUCGGCGCAGGCAUUCGCGCAAGAGACGAGCGGUCCUCCGCAGACAAUCUCGUCCAGAGGCAUGAUACACUUCAAAGGUCGAGCAACAUCAACUAGAUUCUACGGCUUCAGCUACCACUUGAAUCUCUACCAGCGGUUUGCCCAUCUGCCGCGAUACAUUUCUCAAGUGAAAGCCCAGUAUCCUCUCAUCAACCAGCUGCGCGAUGACAUCUUUGUCAAACUCAGUAGAAAGCCGGCGAGCGGUCACAAUAAUCAGGCGCAGGUUGAUGUACAGAGCCUGGUGAAUCUGGUUCCUCCACAAGAAGUGGUGGACGUCCUGGUACAAGCCUAUCUUGACUAUGUCGAGAUCACCCAUCGUGUUCUUCACAUCCCAUCUUUUUAUCGUCAGUACAACCGCUACUGGGAGACUUCUGAAGAAACAUCGGAAAAUUUUCUAGUCCAGCUAUGUCUCAUAAUGGCCAUCGCAUCGGCUACGCGACAUGAGGCUGCCACGCUGGUCGCGAGCCCAGAACCCAUUGAAAUGGCAAAAAAAUGGAUUCAAGCCGCCGAAAUCUGGCUAAAUUCUCAGCACACUAUCUCUGUGGAAAGUUUGCCCUCGUUACAAACUCAAUGUCUACUGCUGAUUGCCAGGAGGGCAAACUAUAUCCACGAGACAGGGCUCUGGGCGUCGACGGGGGCAUUAAUACGGUGGGCAAUGGCAGCAGGGUAUCACCGGGAAGUUGGGCCAGAGGCUCCAAUCUCACCAUUUCAUCGUGAGAUGCGGCGAAGGCUGUGGGCGACGAUAACUGAGCUUGACUUGCUGGCCGCCAUGGAGCGCGGAAUGCCCCCUAGCAUCCGACAGGAUGAGUUUAAUACGCAGGCACCAGCAAACGAAAGUGAUGAAGUGUUGACUCCGUCAAGCACCCAAGAAGUGACGUCUCAGCCGCUUUGCACGUGGACGAACUCUUCGUUCCAGGUACUUCUACGACAAUCAUAUACUACUCGAUCUGAGAUCUGUGCCAUGGUAAACGGCUGCCAGAAUAAUAGCGAGAUGGAUCGAAUCCUAGCCUUUGCGGAUUCAUUAACUCAGUCUUUGCAAAAAGUGCCAGGGUGGAGUAAGUCGCAUGUAGGUACUCCAAAACACUCGGUGAUGGUGCAUUUGGAGACGUCACUGAGCAUCAUCUUGAACCAAUAUCUUCUGCUGGUCCAUGUUCCUGCCGCCAUUCAAACGCCGCCAACUGCCACCUCGGCAGUGUGCCGCCGAGCAAGGCUGGACACGGCCGUCGUGAUUUUAAGUCAGUAUCGCUCGCUUAACCAGCAACGGCUCGUUACAGAAACAGCUUGUCGAGUGGGACUCCUCUUCGCUGCAAUGAACCUUUGCCAUGAGCUAUACCUUGGCUUUAAUGACUCAUCAUCGAGUGUUAUUUCAUCCAUGCCAGAACUCGUCGAGCCAUUCAUAUCACUAGUGGAACACGCCUGGCGAAUCGUGGAAAGGCGAGUCACGUCAACACUAGAAGGCGUAAGCGAUUACUACGUUUUGUCCAUGAUCAUCGGGCUAGUCAAGUCGCUGUAUAUUCCAACAUCUUCGGCUACCUGGGCCAAAGAUGUUGGCGAGAAAGUGGUACGUGUGAGCAGAGUCGUUCAUGACGCCCUUCACAGAUGUCCAACUACUUCAAUAAACCAGGCCAGUGAGCCAAACUCUACUGCAGCUCGUGACCACGACGCGGAUUUCUUUCACACUCUUAUACCCGAUGAUAUGGACUUUCUCCUACAGGAUUUCAAUUUUGGUUCCUUUGUAGAAGGACCCGACACUGAGGCGUCCCAUGUUCCAUUGUUUUCAUGGAAUGCGUGA